AAGCAAACAAAGCACCUGCCUAUCAAGCCCCAACAUGGGUUGCCUUGGUGCGCAUUGAUUCCGGGGCUUCUAAGCGGACAAUUUCUAUUUGACAAUUGGUCCCUGCCAUAUUGGAACAACAUUUGUUGGGGUCCCCCGCCCUUACAAGAAUUGCUUGUUUUACUAACCUCGAGUCUUGGCAAGAGCCUGACCGGCCCAAGCCUGUGGCGGCUCAAACGCCAACGCAUCAACGAAGUCCCAGACGGCGCCAUGCACCUCGUGUCCUCCGCACUCCUCCUGGGCCUCGCCGACCUCGUGGCCGGCGCGCACGUGGAGGUCAAACGAUCCAGCUUCCUGAAGCCGGUGGAGUUCCAGCACCAGCUGCGCUUGUGCAACGCCUACCCCGGCACUGAGGUCUUUCGAGUGGAGCUAGCGGGGCAGAACUUGACGAAGAGCUCGUUGGCCUACAAGGAGUGCGAUGAGGCCAAGUUGGAAAAGCCACUGCAAGUGGGAGAUCGCUUGAACUUCAUCGCAGAUCACCUUCCGAUGGGAAGCUUUACCGUGGAUUCCUUGCCGGGGUACGAUGCCAUCCUUUACAUCGUGGUCCAGCGCCAGGAGCAUGAAGCGGUUGAAGCGGUUUCCGAGUCAUCUACUGGGCAGUCGACAACAGCGAGCGGCGCAGUCGACAACAGUACUGAUUCCGUGACCUUCCAAUCGCACCUCUUCGCCAUGGCCAGGAACGCGCAAGUGGCCGUGAUGGACACUUAUGUGGGGCAAGCCAAGGCAGCCUUGCUGAUGUCCAAUUCUACAGGAGCUGAAACCAAUUCCACCCCUGGCUACACCGUCAUGCCCUUUGGCACCGCCUUUGGCCUUGCGGAGGGCAAUUACCAGGUGAUCCUGAGCGAUGGCUCGGCGGAGUCGCGGCUGCAGCUACCCCUGCAGGCCAUGCCCGGAGAGAGCUACGUGGUCCUGCGCACGGGCGCUGGAUUGGCUGGCAAGGGCGCCCUGGUCCAAGGGCCGAAGACGCCCGGGUCCGACGGGUGCCAAGACCCACCUCUCAAGGGCUCCUGAACCACCUCCUGAGGUUCCGAGAUGAACCUCAUGGUUUACCCAAGCCCCUCGUGGUCCCUCAAGAGCGCCGCUGGUCCCAGCGCUGGUGUUGCUGCUUUCGUCGCGGUCCUUGCAAUGUACGUGCUGGGGCUCUGAGUGGCACUUCUGGGCGCCGGGCUCCGACGGCGUGGCAGAACGGAGCGCGCGGUCAAAAGGACAGCCGGCGGUCGAGUGUGCAGAGAGGUUGGGUAAGUGACUCCUGAGAAAAGGACCUGCAACUUGCCUGGGCAACCAGCACUUUGGCAACCAGCCAAAGUCACUUGAAGCACGAUGAGACGCACUUGGCCAAGCGGGCCGCCCCCAAUCAAAGAAACAGAUCACAAUGGACCAGGCCGGUGACUUGCUCGGGAGCUCGGGAGCACUUCGGAGCCUUUUCGGAGCCGAAGGGAGCUCCCAUCGGAGAUCAUCGGAGCGACCAUGGGAGUGCACAUGAGUUUCAAC